UAUGAGACGAUAAUAACGUCAACAAGUUCAUUGAGUGUGUUUAAAAGUUGUGGUAGAAAAAUUUUAUGUUUAACUAUUUUAAUUAGUGCAUUCCACUUAUAAACGUAGUAUCAACAAUACGGUAUGCCUGUCUAUAUAAAAAAUCCUAAUCCUGACGGCGAUAUCGAAGAAUGGUGCAUUGUGGAGCUCCAGGGUGAUUUGGAAGUACGUGGAGAUCGCGUCAUGGCAGGCCAAUUUAUUGGAGAUUUAAUUUAUAACAAAUAUGGACAACCGAUCCUCAUCAUCGGUCAUCACAUACUUCAUGGUCGUCUACAGAAAAUAGAUAAACCGUUGCUGGUAAUUGAAAAGACGGAUCUGAGCGCGAAGAGUUCCAAUGUAGACGAGGUAGACGAAACGAUGUUGGACGUAAGUCAAGUCAGUCACCUUGACAGUACGAUUGCAUCGUCCAACCGAACCGUACUGGACUCAACGCUGGCCGUCGAACACAAAACUAUUCCGAAAACUGAGUAUAUCGUUCGAGCGGUGGUGAAGCAUAAAGUACUGUUCAAGGCACGGCCAAAACCGAUCAUCGCUAAUGUAGCCAAAAACGUGUAGCUUGUUAAUGUAAAAGUAAAAAUGUUUAUUUCUUCGUUUUUAGU